AUGGCAGACUACAUGCAAAGCAAUGUGCCACGGCUGGCAGUGUACGGCAUAGCAACCACGGUGCUGACAGCUGGCGUCAUUGUAUCGGCGUUUAUGCAGCACCAGUACUUUUACACGGCCUGUGUGCAGCUGGCGCAAUCGAGUGCUUCAAUGAUGGUGCUGGCGAACAUGGGGAUUCUCCUGACAAUUCUUCUGGGCAAGCUGCUGGUGCGGAUAUUCUUUGGGCAGCUGCGCACGAUCGAGGUCGAGCACCUGUACGAGCAGGGGUGGUUCGCUGUGACCGAGACGUGUCUGGCGCUGACGAUAUUCCGGGACGAGUUCGAUGCAGCGACCUUGACGCUCUUUGUGUUCCUGCUGUUCUGCAAGGUAUUCCACUGGAUCAUGGAGGACCGCGUGAGCUUCAUGGAGCAACAGCCGCGGCUGUCGAAGCUGUUUAUUGCGCGCAUGGGCAGUCUGGCAAUGCUGCUGGCGUUUGUGGACAUGUUCAUGCUGGCAUAUGCGGUGCGGGUGACGCGCAUGUACGGGGCGACAAUGAUGAUCGUGUUUGGGUUCGAGUACGCGCUGCUGCUGGUGCAUUUCCAUAGCACAUCGGUCAAGUUUGUCCUGAAUGCGAUAGACAUGCGCCGCGACGGCGAGUGGGAGGAGAAGGCGUCGUAUGUGUUUUACCUGGAGAUGCUGACGGAUCUGGCCAAGCUGAUCGUGUACGUUGGCUUCAUUGUGGUGCUGAUGACAUUCUACGGCCUGCCGCUGCAUAUUCUGCGCGAUGUAUACAUGACCACCCGCUCGUUUGUCAACAAGUGCCGCGACUGGGUUCGGUACCGCCGUGCCAUGCAGAACAUGCACCUGCGGUAUCCGACCGUCAGCGAGGAGGAGCUGGAGCAGAUGAGCGACCGCACAUGCAUCAUCUGCCGUGAAGACAUGAAUGGGCCAGCGCGCCAGAAACUGCCAUGUGGACAUGUUUUCCAUUUCAACUGCUUGAGGAGCUGGCUGGAGCGCCAGCAGAGUUGCCCGACGUGCCGGCAUACGCCAGCAGCGACCUCUGGUGUGGAGCGCGGCAGGAAUGGACGAGCAGAUUCGUGGUACUGA